UAUAAAUAACCCAACUUGCUGCCUCUCCAAAACGCUCACGAGAAUUCUGUGUUUUAACAAUUUUUAUUGCUUCUUGUAUACUCUUUUCUCCUCUCCAAAUUUCUAGGGUUUUUCUCUCUUCUUCGGAAUUUUCUGAUUUGGAAAAAUCGUGAUUUGUUGGAGAAAAGUUGGAUUUGGAUCAAACAUCAAAUUUUGAUAUUGUGAAUGAUCUAAUGGAGUCAAAAGGUGGUAAUAAGAAGUCUAGUAGUAGUAGUUCCUUAUUUUACGAAGCUCCCCUCGGCUACAGCAUUGAAGACGUUCGACCAAACGGUGGAGUGAAGAAGUUCCGAUCUGCUGCUUACUCCAACUGCGCACGCAAACCAUCCUGAUAUUCCCUACACUUCUGUCCUUAACGCGUCAAUAGACGCAACCAAAAAAAAAACAAAAAGAAUUUCUGCUUUCAAUUUCUAUUUUAGUUAAGCCCUCACUCCUUUUCUUCCUUCUUUUACUACUUCCUGCUUUUGCGCUCAUUGCUCUGAACAUUUUCCGCUUUAACUUCCUUUGCUGCUGUGAACUUUUUCAUAAUGGAAAUGGACUUGCCAGUCUCUGCCAUUGGUUUUGAAGGUUUUGAAAAGAGGCUCGAAAUUUCUUUCUUCGAGCCUGGUCUGUUUGCUGAUCCUAAUGGAAAAGGACUUCGAUCUCUCUCGAAGGCACAGUUGGAUGAAAUUCUCGGACCUGCUGAGUGCACCAUUGUUGAUAACCUAUCAAAUGACUAUGUUGAUUCCUAUGUGCUGUCCGAGUCGAGCCUCUUUGUUUAUUCUUACAAGAUAAUCAUCAAAACAUGCGGCACCACAAAGUUGCUUCUCGCAAUUCCGCCCAUUCUAAGGUUGGCUGAGACCUUGUUUCUCAAAGUACAAGACGUGAGGUAUACCCGUGGGAGCUUCAUUUUCCCUGGUGCUCAAUCGUUCCCUCACCGUCACUUUUCUGAAGAAGUUGCUGUCCUCGAUGGAUAUUUUGGAAAGCUUGCUGCCGGUAGCAAGGCUGUGAUUAUGGGCAGUCCUGACAAAACACAGAAAUGGCAUGUUUACUCUGCCUCAGCUGGGCCUGUUCAGUCUAAUGACCCUGUUUACACUCUUGAGAUGUGCAUGACUGGUUUGGACAGGGAGAAGGCAUCUGUCUUUUACAAGACUGAAGGAAGCUCGGCUGCUCACAUGACUGUUAGAUCUGGCAUAAGGAAGAUCCUCCCCAAGUCUGAGAUAUGCGAUUUUGAGUUUGAACCCUGUGGUUAUUCCAUGAAUUCUAUUGAAGGAGGUGCUGUUUCAACCAUUCACAUUACCCCAGAGGACGGCUUUAGCUAUGCUAGCUUUGAAUCUGUUGGAUAUGAUCCUAAAAUCAUGAAGUUGGGUCCCUUGGUUGAGAGGGUGCUUGGAUGUUUUGAGCCAGCUGAGUUCUCUAUUGCUCUGCAUGCUGAUGUUGCUACCAAGUUACUGGAGCGUAUUUGCUCUGUUGAUGUUAAGGGCUACUCUCUUGCCGAGUGGAGUCCAGAAGAGUUUGGCAAGGGUGGUUCCAUUGUCUACCAGAAGUUCACUAGGACUCCUUACUGUGGAUCUCCCAAGUCUGUUCUGAAGGGCUGCUGGAAAGAGAACGAGAAAGAAGAAAAGGAGUAGUGUUGUCUUGAGGGUCGUUUUGCUUCUGUUUUAGUGUCUGUGUCAGUGUCGUUUGCAUAUGUUUUCCUUGUUUUCUCAGAAUAAAGGACUUAUAUGUCCAAACUUGUGUCAUGUCUGUCGGAUUUGUAACGUUUGUGUGCAAAUUCUGAACUAGUCUGGCCUCUUGGUGUUUCACCAGAUGCCUUUAUGUGUCUACAUUCAUUUUAAAUUGUUUCUUGUUGUUGGUUCUCUGUUCCGUUGUGUCUAAUAAAAGUAAGUUUGUUGUGUGUA